CAAACUUAUUCCAAGUUUCAGAGUCAUAUAUAAGUAAGAUGUUGCUGCUUUGCUUUAGCAAACCGUCUGUUUCUUCUCUGGCUGCAAGGAAUGAACCAUAUCCAGCCCAUACAACACCCACGCGCUGACCAGAAUGGCGAUCAAUCUCAUUAGAGUGCUGACCUGGUUCCUGGUCGGAGCUGUCUUCGCUUCACCAUUGGUGAAACGUAACAAAACUGAGGGACUGAGCGAAAAGCCCAAAGGCACCGACUUCUCUCGCCUUGAGCCUAUUGAUCGUUAUAGGGACGAUCCUAGGUUUCCUCUUAAACCUAGUCUGCCCAUCAUACGAAAGAGACCGGACACCGAAGAGAACGAGCCAAAGUAUAGCCAGAUUCGCCAGUCUGGCAACAAGACCGAACAUGACUAUAAGCCCCCAAAACCUGACUGCCACAUGGAUGUCUCGCUCGACAAGAUGGAAGAUUCUGAGGAUGAGAAGGCUUUGAUCGAGACGCUUCUUAAAAUUCUCAACGAGCCCCUGGAAGAAAUUGAGAAAGAAAAUCCCACAGGUCAUACUCAAAUUAUCGAAAACCCCCGGAUGGUGCCAUACAUGUGGCGUGACUCCGUCAAGCUACACACGGAAGAAGAUAAAGACGAGGACAAGGAACACAAGGAGGAUGACAGCGACUAUGACAGCGACAGCGACGACGAGGAAGAUGUAAAGAAGAAGGAUAAGAAGGUAUUCAGAAUGAUUCAGAAGCGAGACGACGAGAAGGAGGAGAAGCCAUAUUUAUGGCCAGAACACAACAGACCAAAGGCCUCCAAAGAUGGAAAGUUCAAAUACUUGUACUCCAGCGAGGGAAAGCAAUAUGCUGUUGCAACUCCCCAACAUCUUGCCAACGAGACCAAUCGCCAUGAGAAGGCCCAGCAAGAGAGGGAGCAGAAAGUGGACAUUCUUCAACAUGAGCUUCAGAAGGAAAUGGACGCGAAACUACAGCAGGUGCAUAGUAUAUUGAAGCACGAGAGUGAGAUGAAGUUCAAUGCGUCAUAGCCCGAAAAGGACGAAUGAAUUGCUGGACUCUAGUUGUUCUAGUCAACUAACUAUGGGUUGGGAGUUAGCACGGCGAACAUACCCGUAUUUUAUUGAUAUGGGAGCUUGUUUGCGUUGAUUUCUUUCCUAGCUCAGUUUCUCAUAUUCUCAAC